AUGCAGUUUUUAUAUUAUUGUUUGGUGUUCCUCUCGACCGUAUCCGUCGCGGUAUUAUUCGAAGUCAAAAAGAUAUACGUCAUCGAACGCGAUUUCAAGACAGGUCUGUUGAGAGCUCGCCGCCAAAACGUACCGGUGCAGUCACACACCGUAGCCCGGAUCGGAGGGCUGCAGGACCAUCACCAUCACAAUAUGUUCACGGCGGCCGCUGUGUCACCGCCGCCACUGCAAUCAGUGCAGACGGGUGGCCAGCUGCAACAGCCGACGGACUUGGCGUCCACGGUAGACCUGACGGCAGACAACCGGGAGCCUAUCGAUUAUCUGACGCCACCGCCAAGCGCCGACUUUCAGUUCCAGCAGCAAAGCUUUCCGGCCGGUGAUUCGACGACACAGAACCGGCCGGAGUCACACGUCCAAAACGUACAGGCGCCGCCGCCACCACCGCUCGUACCAUUGACCGCACAGUCGGCGCCCGUGGCAGUGCACACGUCGCCGUUCACACCCAGCGGAGGAGCCGGUGGCGGCGGCGGUUUUCCCUCGGCCCAGGCACAACCACCACCUUCACACGGGACAUCACUCAGUUCGCUCGCGGUGCAGACAUCCUCACCUAGUAACCAAGUGCAUAGCCUGACGUUCGCUAACCCACCACUGGAACAGUUCACUCCAUACACGCCGUCGCUGCAGGUGAAUAACGAUCCCACGGCCAACCAGCAGCAGCAGCAGCAGCAAAACGGCGGUCGCUGGGAACUGGGAUUCGAUGCUAGCGAGAUACUCACGCCCCCAUUCUUGGGUGGCCCGGAACAGCCAUCCAGCGGCAGUGGUCAGACAUUCUUCCAGCAAGAUUUUGGCCAAGAGACAGCGAGUUCGGUACGCAACAACAAACAGUACCCUGCGAACAGUGGCGGAUCUCUGUUCUUCGGUGGAGGUGGAAGUGGCGGAGGAGGUGGUUUUGAUGUCUCCUCUGCGACCAACACUAAGUUCACGCCACUGGACGCCGUCAUACGGCCGUCGUCGUCCAACAAAAAUGUGUACUGGGGUACGCCGAAGACCGCUCAACAACAGCCGCUCAGGCCGCCACCCUCGUUCGCCGAACCAAAUGCCUUCCGGUUCAACAACAACAACAACAACCAUUUUCACCAACUGCACAAUAACAAUCAUAACCCACACCAUCACCACCAGUACGUGGACGCGUUCCAGAUGCCGUUCACGGGCCAGUUUGACGGGCCGUUGUCACAGGGCACAGUCGCCGAUCACGUGGUGCACAGUUCUUUCAGGAUCAAACGACAGCUCCGAGACGCGGGACUCCCGCCGCCGGAAGCGCGAUCGGACUCGGCCGACCGCCGUGGUGACGACGAUCGCUUCGGUGACCGGAAACCCGUUUACAGUUUCGUCAAGACGGACAGAAACGGAAAUUUCAAAUGGAGCGUCAGACACGAUGAUUCCGCUGAUUUAAAACCAUUGGAUUUGUCAGUAAAGAGUACAUUGACGUCAUGUCAAGUCAAGUCAAAAAAACCAUACAAAUUAUUUUGCGAGGUUUGCGCGAAGGGUUUUGACAGACCGUCGCUUUUAAAAAGGCACGUAAGAACCCACACAGGAGAACGUCCUCACGCUUGCGCCCAGUGCGACAAAGCGUUCUCCACGUCCAGCGCGUUGAACACCCACAAGCGCAUACAUAGCGGUGAGCGGCCACACGCUUGUCCAAUUUGCGGCAAAACGUUUACGGCCAGUUCGAACCUGUACUACCACAGAAUGACACAUUCCAAAGUAAAACCACACAAGUGUAAUGCGUGUGACAAGUCUUACCCAACACCAGGUAACUUGCGCGCCCAUAUGUCAUCACACUCUGGUGAAUGGACAUACCAUUGCAAAACAUGUGGCAGAGGUUUUGGAAAAAAGAUCAACGUGGAAAGGCAUUCCAAGACAUGUCACAGAUAA